AUGGCAAUGUUGGCCGAUAUCCAUAGUCGAAGUUGUCGAGUGUGGGGGUCCUCUGAUCCAGAGCAAUUGUAUGUGUAUAUGGGAUCUCGUGCAAAGAAAAUUCUAGAUCAAUUGGUGCUAUGGGAAGCUGCACACAAUAGCUCCAAGAAAUGUCUACAAUCUUUGACCAAUCUUGCUGAUCAACUCCAGGCUACAAGGACUUGCGAUCAAAAAGGAUUAUGGCAAAAAACGCAACUAGGUCAAUUUCAAGAUUUAAUUAUCCGUCUAAAUUAUAAGCAAGUUCAAGCUAUGGAAGCCUUGAUGAAUGCCUUGAAGACUGAUUUGAUGACAUGUAACGAUAUUACUAAUACCAUUGCAAGAUUUAAAGCAUCUGCUUUUAGUAUAUACCAGAAAUAUGCAGAUGAAAUUCAGCUGCAGGAUGCUGUUAUGCCAACUGCUACAUGUCCUGCCCUUGUUGAUCUUCUCGAUUGGUACCUCACGAAGAAGCGAGCACUACAUGAUAUAAAUUAUGAGGAUAUUGAUACCAUCAAUACUAUGCAGGAAUUAUGGAAUGAAAAUGAUUGUAUUCACUAUUUAAAAGAUGCUAGAGAACAAAUUGGCGUUUUCUUAUCCAAAGCAUUUUAA